AUGGGUCGAGAAAAGUCGGUAGAACCAGGUCAUGAAGACAGUGAGGUCGAAGUGGUUGAUCGUGGAAUCACUUCUUUCAACCAAAUUAAAGUAAAUUGUAAGUUUUCAAAAAUAGAGAGUUCAUAUGCUAAAUAAAUCUUGGCAUAAAUUUAUGUAAAAUACGUAAAUCGUAAUUCAGUAUUUACAUUGGUAUGAUGCGUAAUAUAUAUUUUUGUAAUAUGUAUUAUAUUGUAAAACUUAAUGUAUUUUAAAGGCCUUAAUUUGACUUUUUUAGUCCAAAACGAGAACCUGACCCGUCUGACCUUGUCCCACAACAAGAUCUCGGUCGUUCCUCCAAACAUCAGUGAUCUCGUGAAUCUGGAAAAUCUGAAUCUGUGGAACAAUCACAUCGAAGAGCUCCCGACCACGAUCUCAGCUCUUCCCAAUUUGAAAAUCUUGAAUGUGGGUAUGAACCGACUCUACAAACUGCCUCGAGGCUUUGGUUCUUUCCCUCGGCUCGAGAUCCUCGACUUGACCUACAACAACUUGAGAGAGACCAGUUUGCCUGGUAACUUCUUCUUUAUUCCCACCCUCAGGGCAUUGUACUUGGGUGACAAUGAUUUCGAGAGCUUCCCUGAGGAUGUGGCUCACCUUAUCAAUUUGCAAAUUUUGGUUUUGAGAGAAAAUGAUUUGAUUGAUCUGCCAAGGCAAUUGGGAGCGUUGAGUAAACUGAAAGAGCUUCAUAUUCAGGUAAUACAAAAUUUUUUAUGGUCCUUUAAGUAAUUCUGUGCUCCGUAACUUCGAAAAUUUUCUUUGAAACGGGAUUAGAAUCAUUUGAACAAGCUAAUAAAAACUUCUUAAGCAUUUAUUUUUCCCAGUUUUGUAAAAUAAACCUUUUCUUUAACAAUAAUUUCUAAUUCCAGGGUAACCGCCUUCAAGUGAUACCUCCAGAACUGGGCAAUCUCGAUCUGAUUGACAAAAAGCCAAAACAGGUAACUCGAGUGCUGAGAGUGGAGAACAAUCCCUGGAUUGGCCCAUUGAGAGAUGCUUUAUAUCAAAAUGGCGUGUCUGGAUUCUGGAGUUAUGUACGAUCCGACAAUUAUCAUCGACUAUACAGUGGCCAUCCACGAGGUGUGGGUUCACCACCCCCUAAGAGGAACAAGGACAAGAAGAUCAGUCGGAUUGGUGGUCAUAAGGAAUGA